GCAUCUGUAUCAGACACUGUGUCUAUUGUUCUCUAUAUAGUGUUGGUGUGCUGACUGGUCGUUUAGGGGUCUUUGACAUAGCAAACUGUGGGAACCCCCCUUCAAGCUUCUGUAUUUUAAAAAAAAAUCUUGAAGACGCACAGGGUUAAUUUCAAGCCCCCACUACCACCACCCACAUCUCCAAUUUGAAAGCCGCCUCUCUACCGGGAGAGGAAGGCUCUUUUUCGGUCAGAUGGCGUGCUGCAGUCCGCCCCCGUCAUUCUCCAGCCCACACAGACAGCAAAAAGGCAGCCAGCAACCAAUACGGUGCGCCGGAGGAGGAUUUCUGCCAGUGAUUUCAGACGAGUUUCACUCUCGAGUGGUGACAUCGAUUGUUGGAGAGACACCUUUGCGUCUCCCUCUCUGCACACCGGACCUGACCGAAGAAGUGCAGUGUGCCAUGUCUCUGCCACGCACACUUGGGGAGUUGCAGCUCUAUCGGGUGCUGCAAAGGGCCAACCUGCUGGCCUAUUAUGAAACCUUCAUCCAGCAGGGUGGCGACGACGUGCAGCAGCUCUGUGAGGCAGCGGAGGAGGAGUUCCUGGAGAUCAUGGCACUAGUUGGCAUGGCCACCAAGCCACUGCAUGUGCGUAGGCUGCAGAAGGCCCUCCGAGACUGGGCGGCGAACCCUGCCCUUUUCAGCCAGCCCGUCUCAAACGUUCCUCUCGGGGGCAUCCCAUUGUUCAAAGUUGACGGGACGGGCACAAGUGGGCCCAGGAAGUCUGUGAGCAACGGCCAGCCGGGGUCACCGUGUGAAAAGGAAGAUCGGGCGUGUCUUACACCAAUGCACAGUGGGAGUCCAAGAAGCCCUUGCUCCCAGGCCUCCCCGCAGCCGCCAGACACACACUACAGGGAAAAACUGUCACCCAUGGACCCACACUGGCUCAGCCCAGAGCCUGAUGGGAACUGCACUUUGGCUUCUGCAUCUGGAAUAGAGGAGGAGCCGCCCAGCCCACCUCUGCUGUCAACAUGUCCUCCUGGUCCCUCCACAUCUCCGAGCUCCUCUGCUUCUUUUGCCCCGGCGGGUCUGUCAGCCUGGCCCGGAGGACAGCUGGACGGAGAGACGGCUCGGGCGGUGGUGGAGAGCGUGGAGAGACUCCUCAGGACCCUGCCCAGGUCAGAUCCUGCAGAGGUAAAGAGCCUGUUGAGGUUGAACAAGAAGAUGGCAAAGACUGUGGGGCAUAUCUUCAAAAUGGGAUCCCAGGAUGUGAACAAGGAAGAAGAGAUCCGAAAAUACAGUCUCAUUUAUGGACGCUUUGACUCCAAGCGGAGAGAAGGCAAGCAGCUCACACAUCAUGAGCUGAUCAUCAAUGAGGCUGCAGCUCAGUUCUGCAUGCGUGACAAUGCCCUUUUACUGAGACGGGUGGAACUCUUUUCUUUGGCUCGGCAGGUGGCGAGAAAAUGUGCCUACACCUCCACACUAAAGCAUGCAAGGUCAAAUGCAGAUGAGAACAGCGUUCUGUCCCAGAAGAGAGCGAGACAUGAGGUUAUUGUGCCCGAGAGUGUGUCGUCACUUCUCGGAGUGGAGGGCUCAGACGGCUUAAUUCAGAGGGCAGAUGAUGACAGCUUAUCCACAGAAAGCCUGGAUAGUGUAUCACAUGACAUCGGCUCACAGUGCAACCAGUCUCCAUCUCCCCGUCCUCCCACCGACACUUCCAACCCAGCCAACUGGAGUCGCCAUCUCAUACAGCAAACGCUAAUGGACGAAGGGCUGCGACUGGCUCGGAUGGUGUCACACGAUCGGGCUGGCAAGCUCAGCUUAGGGUCAGAGGGAACUCACUCCACAGACCAUGACAGCAAAGUAGAGAGGCGGAGCUCCAUAACAGCGUGCAGGAGCGGUAGCCCUUGCAUCACCAAAGAAGACUCCAACCAGAGGGGGAAAUGAGAGCGCUUAGCAGUAUCAGGGAACUUGUGCUCAGGCCUGCCACUGAACUCCGCUCAGAGUCUGCUGUACAGGCUGCUACUGAGCAGGUUUUUCCACGUGUGCUUGCAUCACUGACAUCAAGAGCAUCCAGUGGGGAGAACGCUCUUAUCAACAUCAAAGUCUAUAUCGUAAAUGUCAGAAUUUACCAGCGACUGAUAUCAUAAACCUGCAGUGACUUCUAAACACUGAAGUCAUGGAUCAAGUUCAAAAUGUUCUUUAUUCAGUAAAUAUGUAGGGGAAACAACCUUUUUAGUUUGAUUUUUAAAAUACGUGGACUUUAUGUCCUGCAGAUUUUAGCUGAUAGUGGUAAAAAGUAAGUGAUUUCAUCGGGAAAAACCUUUAAUUUUGUUGAAUUAAUGCGUUUUUUGUGAACAAUGUUGUGUGUCAGACAUACCACCUGUUUCAUUUGAAACAGGCUCGACACAGCAGGGGGCACUGCAACUUUGGAAAUUGACUCUUAACUUACUACAGACUGAGUAACACGCUGUAGUUAUGUGUAGAGGAAAUGUGGUUUCAAGUAUAGGGAGACUUUCAUUAACAUUUUCAGCAAGCUCCAAGAUAGUACAACAGUUUGGUAACUUUCUCUGCAGCUCAUCACCCUCAGGAAACAAACAGAUGUGCUGGUUUUUGAAGACAGUGUGUGAUAUUCUUUAACAUCCAAAGAUAUAAAGUCCUUGAAGAUGGAUUAGUGAAGAAAAUGAGCAUGUAUGGCAUAUGUUGAUUCAGAUUUCCUUGAGCAUGUUCAACCAUCAAGUUCAGAGGCCUUUUGUCCUUAACUACAUAACAAGUCAUGGUUUGGCUCAUCCCCUCUCUCUCUCACAUCUUUUACAUAAUAUUUUGCACAAAUGGCUGAUACUUUAGGCUUAUGUUGUCAUUCUAACUUUAAUUUAAUGACAGUAUGUGAAAAUAUACUCAGCACAUUUGCUAAAGUCAGUGGCAUGAAAUAAGAAAACUGAUGUUUUAUUUAUUUCCAGUGAAAACAUGACUUUUUACUCUCCUCUCUCAACAUGAAAUCAGGUUUCAGGGUCAGCUACAGAGCAGCAGGGUUCAGUGUCUUGUGUCUUAAUGGGUGCCGUUGUACAGCCUCUGAUGAACCUGCAUCAAAAUUACAUUUAAAGAAACCAGAUUUUUUUGAGAAAAAAAAGUUUAAAACAAUCAUUUACAAUGGUAUUUUCAGAAAAUGUGGUGAUUAGUGUAGAUUUUUGAUGAUUUUUUUAGGUUUUAGCAGAAACCUACAGUAGGACGGUGUGUUUUUGGGAUGUAUUCUGUAGUCUUAGAUAUCAACAAGGUGAACUCUACAGUUUGUCAGUUUCCCAUUUUGAAAACAGGUGUUUUGUCCUUUGAAGCUUUAUAGUAAAAUAGGUCACUUUACUUUCUAAGCUUUAGACAGAUUAAAAAAAAAGAAACACAAGCAGAGGUUUACAGAAAGAAAUUUCAUGGUGCUUGACCUCUGACACAGCAGCUCCUACAAGUGACGUCAACAUAUUUGACCCUCGUGAGGAACUGACUUUAUAUAACGACAAGGCUCAUGUUGAUAAUGAUUUUUUUGUAUACUUAAUCACAGAGUAUGUCAGUGAGGUAGCUUGCUGUGCAUCAGUUACACCUGCCUGUCUCUUGAGCAUUAGUAAUCUCCUCAGUUUAUUAUGUUGCAAAACAGAUUAUUUAUUUUGUUACAUCUCAAUAAAUGUUAUUUUAUUGCUUAAA